UCCAUUCCGUCCUCUUUCUCUCAACUCUCAAAGGCGAAAAUGCUGGAGCUGAGACUUGUCCAAGGUGGUCUUCUGAAGAAGGUUUUGGAAUCGCUUAAAGACCUUAUCAACGAUGCCAACUUCGACUGCUCCGCCUCCGGCUUCUCCCUCCAAGCCAUGGACUCCAGCCAUGUGGCUCUCGUCGCCCUUCUCCGAUCCGAGGGGUUCGAGCACUAUCGCUGUGACCGGAACCUCUCCAUGGGCAUGAACCUCAAUAACAUGGCCAAGAUGCUCAAAUGCGCUGGUAACGACGACAUUGUAACUAUCAAGGCUGAUGAUGCCUCCGACUCCGUUACCUUCAUGUUCGAAAGCCCCAAUCAAGAUAAGAUUGCUGAUUUUGAGAUGAAGUUAAUGGACAUCGACAGCGAGCAUCUUGGAAUUCCAGAGGCAGAAUUCCAGGCCAUUGUUCGGAUGCCAUCAGCUGAGUUUGCUAGGAUUUGCAAGGAUCUUAGCACAAUUGGUGAUACUGUUGUGAUAUCUGUGACCAAAGGUGUAAAGUUCUCUACUAGAGGUGAUAUUGGCACUGCUAAUAUUGUUUGCAGGCAGAAUGCUUCCAUUGACAAGCCUGAAGAAGCAACCAUCAUAGAAAUGGAGGAGCCUGUUAGUUUGACCUUUGCCCUGAGGUAUAUGAAUUCAUUCACUAAGGCAACCCCAUUGGCGAACCAAGUGACGAUAAGCUUGUCGUCCGAACUAUACCAGUUGCAGUUGAGUACAAAGUUGCAGAGAUGGGUUAUGUUAGGUUCUACUUGGCUCCCAAGAUAGAAGAAGAAGAGGAUAUUGAAGCUCAAACGGAGUCCAGGCCUCAAGUGGAAAUCAAGCCAAAAUCCAAGCUGAAAAAAGAGACUGAGUCUAUAGAAGUAGAAGAUAUCACGCCUAAGGUUGAGCUUAACGGGGAUACCAAGCCAAAAU